GAUCGUCUUCAUGAUGACCAUCAUCUCUCUGCUCCUGCUGGCCUCUCUGCUGCCACACCUGACCUUCACUGCUCAUGUGAAUGUGGGUAUAGUGAACGGCAAAGAAGCAGAACCCCACUCCAGACCUUACAUGGUUUCUCUUCAGAAGUACUUUAAACAUGUCUGUGGUGGAUUCCUCAUUUCUGAUGAGUUUGUCUUGACUGCUGCACAUUGCAAUAAGAAGGGACUAACAGCUGUGGUUGGUGCACAUGACUUAGAAAACGAUAAAGGGUCCGUCCGCAUUAAAGUGAAGUCCUACCACAUGCAUCCGGACUUUAACAUUCGCACUUUGCUGAAUGACAUUAUGCUUUUGAGGUUAGAGAAAGAAGUCGAACAAAACAAGAUUGUCAAGAGGAUUUCCAUACCAGCACAAGAGGGAGACAUCGAAGCUGAUUCUGUCUGCAGUGUUGCCGGCUGGGGAAAACUGAGUUUACAAGGGAAAAAGAGCAAACGUCUCAUGGAAGUAGAUGUGAAGAUCAUGAAUAACACAGAAUGCAAAAAUAAAUGGAAAGACAACUACUCAGCCUCACAGAUGAUGUGUGUCUACGGCCAUGGAGGAAGCUGUAGUGGGGAUUCAGGAGGUCCUUUGGUUUGUGGAGACACUGCAGUCGGUAUCACUUCCUUUGGUGACCCAAAAGUCUGCAAUAGUCGUGUACGACCUGAAGUUUAUGCAAAGAUUUCAGCAUAUCUUCCAUGGAUCCGCUCCAUAAUUGCAAAUGAUAAGUGAUUUUUGCAAUGAAAAAGGAUGAAGUAUUUGUUUGAAUGUUCAAUAAACGAAUCAUGUGU